AUGACGGACUCUGUAAUAUCUAAAUUUGAAAUUCAAUUGGACGCUGGGCCUGAGCCUAUCUUCAAAGGAGGUGAAGUUAUUACCGGUAAACUCCAAAUUGAACUGAGUCGUCCAAUCGUCAUUAAUGCCGUCAAGCUGCAGAUGAAAGGAAGAUCCGUCUGGCUAAAUGAUCCAAUGAAAAAAGACGAUAUCGAGAAGGUUCUGUUCGAUAAUGAUAUGACAUUGUUGGAAAGGCCUCCAGGUAAAUUGGAGCCCGGUCAUUUCACUUGGAUUGGUAAUUUUACUUACAGUCUUCCAUUUGAAUGUCCUUUACCAAAGGGCUGCCCGACAUCAUACGAAGGACCAUAUGCUUACAUUCGCUAUUUCAUUAGAGCUAGUUUAGUACACGAAGAAGAUAAUGGUCAAGUUCAUGAGUAUUAUGUGAAGCAAGCUUUCUCAAUUGUAUCUCCUUCUGAUGGCUAUUUAGUUAUUGGAGAAUCGCAAUCUGUGAAAGAUAGUGCUACCUUCGGUUCUUGCUGUUGCAAAGGGAAGUUGAAUGCUGAAUUGAACCUCCCGAAAACCGGAUACUUACCGGGUGAAGCUGUCUACGGCAGUUUGAAAAUAGGAAACAAAUAUCCAAAAGAUAUUCUCAAUCAUAUGGAAGUAAGACUUGUUGAUCGUGUUCGUCGCAUUGGAGCUGCCGAAAUAGCUGCAGCUAGCCCGUGGCGCACAUUGCUUUACAGAAGAUUAGAAGAAGAGGAAAACACACCAAAGAACAGAAAGGAAGGAAUCCAAAAGGAAAAUCUCCAGCUCUUAACGAUACCAUCUGUUUGUCCCACAACAAAAGGAGACUUCGAUAGUGUUACUAAUGAAGUGCAUCAGUUGAUACCAAAUGGUCGGUUACUUGAAAGCCCUUCUACUGCUACUCUACGCUUCCGUAAGCAACCUUUCUUGAAAAUCGAAUAUGCCAUUCAGCUUACGCUUGGAGUCUUUUUACUUCUGGAAGUUCCAAUAGAUAUCGGGGAGCAUUCAACAAAGGAUCACGACAUCAAACUCCAACAUUUUGUUGCCGGAGCUCAAACUGUCGAAGAAAGAGACGAAAGUGGGAAGAUUGCUAUAAAUGGUCCAUUCACAUACACUCCUGUUUAUCCCUAUAAGGACAAUGUAACAAGCAGUGUUCCAGAACCUCAAACUUAUUCACCAGCAGUUCCUACUAUUCAAGAGGAACAAACUAUAAUGAACGCCAGUCACUCGGUUGUGGAACGAGAAAUUCAAAAUGACUCGCCCAGUGAGGAUGGAAAGACGCUAGUACGUACAGUCAAAACCGUUGUAACUCAUGUUGAUGGGAAUGAAACGAAAACAAUGGAGGAAACUGUUGUCGAACAAGAUGGAAGUUUUACUCGCACGAUUGAGGAAACAGUAUUGAGUGCUGAUGGAAUUGAAAAGCACAGAAUAGAAGAAAUUUCAAUCGACAACGAAGGUCAUCAAGACACUAAAAUCGAAGAAGUAGAAAACGUUGUUCCUGAGGAGGAAAUUGAGCAAAGAAAGAAAGAAAUCAUUGAAGAAACAGUUGAGCUACCUGAACAUCAAGAGGCUUCCGCUGUAAUUACCAGCUCAGAAGGGGAUCAAGUGACCGUCUAUUCAGAGGAAACUGAGGAUGGGGGCGCUCACACAAUUAAAACUACUACAGUGACGAAGCAUUCAGACGGAUCUGAAUCAACAAUCAUUCAAGAGCAUACAACCAUUGAAGGAGAUGGAGAUGAUUAA